AUGUUGGAUGACCUGGAGAUUGCGAUUGGGGGAGAGGUCUUUCCUGCUGCUGUCUUUGAAGUCGAUGAGGCAGAGGUAGAACCUGAAGAUGUGGAACCAGAGGAGAAUGUGGAACUAGAGGAAGAUGUUGACUCGGCUUCUGAAGAUUCGUUUCCUGCAGAUCUUGUGGUACUUUAUGAGACCGAUGAAGAAGAGUUUGGCUCUUAUGAUGAAGAUCGUUCUUGA